CCUCCGCCUGCCUGCUGCGUCCCGGGGCCCUCCGUGGACAGAAAAAAAACGGGCCAGAAGAAGAAGUCAAUAUCUGCUGAGCCAUAACACGAUUAUUGUUAUGAAACAAUGGAUGAUUGACAAAUAAGAAAUAUUUACUUUACUAUCUACAGGAGCACAGCCUCACAGCAUUCUUUUCUUUACCCUCUCUCAUUUUUGUCUCAAAUUUUUCCCCCUGUUUUGGGCACAAAAAAAAGGAGACAACUUACUAUUUGGAUUUUUCCCCGAAAACUUUGCGACGGAUUUUAUAUUUAUAUAUUUUGAUUUUUUUUUUAAUCCGAUCAUAUAUACGUCUUUCUCCUCUAAAGACUUGAGUUGGGGAUGUUGAGCUCUGUGAAGAUGGAGGCACAUGAUCUACCAGAGUGGAAUACUUUCUACAGCGAGGCCAGUGAGAUGUAUUCCUCUCCCAGCACCAUGAACUCUGGUCUGGGCUCCAUGGGCUCCAUGGGCACCAUCAACAGCUACAUCAACCUGAACCCGGCCACCGCCUCUCCUGCAGGCAUGAACAUGGCGUACCCAAGCUCCAGCCUCAGCAGCUCCCCGCUGGCCUCCAUGGGCUCAGGGCCCAGUCACAUGUCCCUCUCCCCAGUGGCCUCCUCCCUCAGCUCAGGCCCUCUUACCCAGCUGGGUCCCGCUGCUCCAGGCUCCCUGGGCUCCUUGUCCCACUACCAGAACAUGGGCCAGUCCAUGAGCCAGCUGGGAUACACCUCCACUGCAUCCCUGAGCCGGGCUGGGCCCAAGGAGAUUCCCCCAAAGCCCUACCGACGCUCUCUGACGCACGCCAAGCCGCCAUACUCCUACAUCUCCCUCAUCACCAUGGCGAUCCAGCAGAGUGGCAGCAAGAUGCUCACCCUGAACGAGAUCUACCAGUGGAUCAUGGAGCUGUUCCCGUACUACCGUGAGAACCAGCAGCGCUGGCAGAACUCCAUCCGCCACUCGCUCUCAUUCAACGACUGCUUUGUGAAGGUGGCUCGCUCGCCGGACAAGCCGGGGAAAGGCUCGUACUGGACUCUGCACCCGCAGUCAGGCAACAUGUUCGAGAACGGCUGCUACCUGAGGCGCCAGAAGCGCUUCAAGAUCGAGGAGAAGCUGUCAAAGAAAGGAGGCAAGAACCAGGAGGGGGGCUCGGGGAAAGGAGGUCACAGUGGAGAUCAUCUGGUGGAGGAUCACAGCCCCACAGGAGGAUCAGAAGGAGCUGACUCCACUCACUCAGACAACUCCCACCCUGGCUCCUCAGAUGACCAGCCGCAUCCACGAAACUCCCUGGUUCAGCUAGACUGCCCUCCGCUGUCCUCCUCGCACCUCCACAGCCCGCCCGUUUCCCUGCCGCCCUCCUCCUCCACCUCGUCCUCCCUGUCCCUCUCAGCCACCACCUCCUCCAACCCGCUCCUCCACUCCCAGUCUUUAGUGGGGAGCGCCCACCUCCUGCCAAGCACCAUGCAGCAGCACAUGGACCUACAGAGCGACGCCCUCAAGUCCCUUGACCCCCACUACAACUUCAACCAUCCCUUCUCCAUCACCAACCUCAUGUCCAACGAGCAGAAGAUGGACCUCAAGUCCUACCAGGACCAGGUGAUGGCCUACAACAGCUACACCAGCGGCUCUCCUGUCGGUGCCAAGCAGAUCUACGACAGCCCAGGGCCCGCCACCAUGGACUCAGGCGCUUACUACCAAACUCUGUACAGCCGCUCAGUGCUCAACGCCUCCUAAUGUGGACACUCAUCCUCUCCCCAACACAUACACACACACACCUGUCUCUAGAGGUGAGCCAAGAUGGAGACUUCUCUUUUUCUCUGCCUUUCCUAAAAUGGACCCCAGCUCUCUUUAUCUUCCUCUUUCUCUCCCGCUCUGGCUCACGUCCACCGGCUGCAUAAAAGGGACCCACAUCUAAAAUAGCUGCCGUGUUUUAGGGACCAAAGAACAGUUUGUAUUUACCAACUAUGAAGACCAUGGAGGCAGGUUGGUUACAUGGAGGACAGAAAAAUGUAGCAGGAUGAUAAAAUGUCAGAAAUGAAGACAUUUGACUGGUCUGUGUGUGAGUCAGAUGGCGUCGUUGCCUGUCUCAGGAGCACUGCAGGUGGUCAAAUCAGCUUUGUACAAAAUGUAAAUAGACGUAAUGUGAGGGGAAAAGGAUAUUUGCAUUUAUUUAUGAAGGGAAUAAAUUUUAAUAUAUCUUGUAUAGCGCUCUGUUGACCAGUUACAACUCAAAUGUGAGUUUUUUUGUUUUGUUUUUUAAAUCCAAAGACGGAGAUGAGGCGAGUUUCAGGUUACUGCUUCAGGCAGGUGUUACUGCAGCGGGAGACAGUUGGUGUUUUUUUCUUUUUGUGUGUGUGUGUGUUACAACAUUUCACAGUAUGUCCAUCAUUUCUGUCCUAUCUGUACUUUCAAAGAAAAAAAAAAUCUUAUUUUGGUUGAUAUGAAGAAGCCAUUUUGUCCUCGCUGGAGCACAGAGGAAACAGAAGCUAAAUUCUGCAGCCAGAAGGAACGAGGCAAAGUAACUGUGGUAAAAAAAAAAAAAACAAAAAAAAAACACAUUUAUGUUUUUGUUACCUACACGAGAGCAUUUAAAGCAAAUGCUCCUCGACAGACUGUAACAUUCUGAAUAACAGACAGCUGGUGCAGUGCAUGGGGGAGUUCAGUCAGUUACUAUUACAGUGGAGGGGUGGAGAGAUGCACUAUGGGAGGAUUUACAUACAGUACUUUGCACUAUGGAGCUCCCACGGGCCAGGUAGUGUGUGUGUUUGUGUGUGUUACAACAAUACUUAGAAACGCCCCCUCACAAAGUCAGUGCAUCAGCUCAGUGGGAUCAGUGUAACAGUGUCAAAGGGUGUCAAAUAACCCUCGCCGUCCAAAAAAAAGUGCCUUUUCUUCAAAUGACUACUGAUCUAAUCAGAGAUCAAUGUAUCAACGAUCUAUUGAAGGAUUAUUCUGAUAAACAGCAGAGGACGCAGAAGUUUCAGGUCACACGGUGUCCUUUGUGGAGCAUAUUUUAGUUUCAGAGAGAAAUGUCUUAUUUAAGCUAUGUUGCUUUUCAAACUUUUGAAAGUGUGCUGAUAUAAUAUAUUGUUUUUUUUUCC